AUGCACAUCAGCUACUUGGCCAACAUGAGCAUGCUGCUCGCCUUGACAGGCCUAGGCAUCAGCGAGUGGGUGGAGAUAGCAAAGAGCAGGCCCAAGGACAGCCCCUCUACAUACAGUCGAACCCAAGUUCAGAGGUUCGCCGAAGAAAUAUCGAAAAUGGAUGAUAAUACCACGCCCAGUCCCGUAUGGAUUGAGUACCAGCGGGAGCGUUUCGGCAUGGCCAGCAGUAAUCCGCUUCUGGAAGUAAAGAGUAGCGCCCCACCAAAGGUAGAGGUGGUGGUGACACCCAGAGUGGAGACCACAUCCCGCCGCCAUUCGGCACAAUCAGAGGACUAUGAGGAAGCAGAGGCCAUUGUGGAGACAGAGGAGACGGAGGCCUUGCCUGCCAGCGUAGAACAGGAUAGCGAUUUGGAGGCUGAGAUUCAACUACCCACUAUGCAGGGUUUCCUGAAAUUUUUGAAAUCCAUGCAGAACAGUUGGAUCAAAAAGUCAGCGCUGAGCAUAGAAAAGAAAAUUAAAUUGUUGAAACAGCUGCGCGACAAUCUUCUCAAAGCCAUUGAGGAUCAGUUUUCUGUGCUGUGGCAACCAACAGACCGGAAACAUCGCAGGCGUCGCGGACUUCUAGAUGAAUCUAAUUUAGAUUUUCCACCGGAAGCGGCCAUUAUGACCAUUAAUUGCUUAACAUUUGCAGUUUUUCUAAUCAAAUUGGUGCUGCAAGUUGUUCACAUUAUCAAGAGCAAACAUUACAACUUUUCCGGCUUUAAUGUUAACUCAGAAAUGGUCAGGACACCCUAA